AUGGUACUUGUAAGUGGCUUGGCCGAAAAGUAUGGAGCUGCCAAAUCUACGGAAGAGCUGCUGCUGUGCAAGAUCGGUCGCUGCUGUGGAAAAUCGACACCUCCCCUUUCGCGUGAAGAAAUCCUUGAGAGGAUGCCUUCAAUUGGGAAGUGGAAGUUGUCUCCCGAUGGCUCGCUGAUCAGCUUGUGCUUCGUGGCCAAAAGCUGGGAGGUGGCCAUGAAGUUUCUGAACGAGGUGAGUUCCCUGGCGGAGUCUGAGGGUCACCACCCUGACCUUCACCUCACCAACUACCGCAACGUCCAGGUCGAUCUGACAACUCAUGCGGUUGGUGGACUUGCGCUGCCCGAUUUCGUGCUGGCGGCCAAAAUCGACACCAUCAAGGCUGGCUUCGCUUCUAAGCCCACACCCAAGUAUCAUGUCCUGGGAGUAAACCAUCCGAAAUUCCCCAGGUUCGAAACACCCCAUUUGGUGAUCUUCAAAGAUUGGCGACUCACUGCUUUGCAGAUGUCCUUUACCUUUUCAGUGGCUGCGUACGUGGUCAUCAAGUCCUUGUUACUGUGGAGUGUCAUCCAAUACGAGGACGUAGCCACUGGUUUCAACAGUUGGUGCUUCACCAGUUGGCAGUCCGCUCCUGCCACUGAUUCGCCGCACUGCGGGCGGAAUCGCAGCUUUGAUUUGGCUCCACUGAACAGGGUGGAAUUGGGUGGCAUUGCGGCCUACAACCACAGCUGUCCCACGGUAACGGGUGCUGACAUCAUGCGUCAGGUGGGAACCGAAGCCCAGGUGACUGUCUGGUCACAGAAGCAGCGGAAGACGCUGGGCUGCGACGGGGCGGACUACGACGCGCUAGAUCUGAAUGGCAAGCCUUGCUUUGAGAGUUUCUUCAUGAAUGGCAUCGAGGAUCUACCUUUGUUCUUGAUCCACACUGUUUCGGCCAGCAGCAUUGGGAUCAAAGCAUCCCUACUUUCCUGCAAGAUCAUACGAGACGGGAAAAUCCUGGGCGAAGCCAGUGCUGGAGCAAACAACAAUGGUUGGGCCUUCACACUCAGGCAACUCCUGGAGUAUGCUGGCAACUAUUCUCUGGAUGACAUCAACGAGGGCAAUGUGGUGGACGUUCGGCCAGGGACAUUGAUCCGACUACGCCACACGGGUUUUAUCCUGACUUUGCGCUUCCGCUAUUGGAACUUUAAGAGCUGGCCCGAGGAUUAUUGGGACCAUCGUUCCUUUCCCUGGGAUUGGACCCCAUCAGAACCUCAAUGUUCCAUUGAAGUUGAACUUCAACCACAGGCUUGGGGAUUCACGGGUGCAGACCCUGAUCCAGAAGGCUCCAUCUUGAAGGCCGUGGCGCGCAUCCAAUUCAUCGGCAGUGGCAAAUUCGGUGAGCUCAGUUGGCUGCUGAUGGUCUCGGCGCUCAUCGAAGCCUUCGUGUUGAUGGGCAUUGCAAGCCAAGUGACUUUGCAUGUGGCCAGAUGUCUCUAUGGAGAGAUGUUCCGCGAAGUGACGGAGACCUCCUAUGAGAAAGUGGUAUGGCAGAGCGAGGAGGAAAAUGGAGAUGAUCCAGGGCUGCAAAAGAGCGGGCGGUCCACGUUCGGCCGACAACGAAAAUCGGCGUUCAAGGCGAAACAUGCUGGAGCAUUGGACCUCUCGGCCUCCAUGCCAGUGGAUGCGGUCGCCAUCAGAGAAGUGGGGCUGACUCGCAGAACUCAGUUGCUGUUGCAACACCUGGCGGCACCCGCAGUGGCUCGAUUUGAGGGUGAACUGCUGUUGCAGAGUUACCUGGAGCGAAGGCUCCUGGGCUUCACCGAUUUCGAGGCCACCGAUGCUCUGGGCUCCAGCAACGCCCAACGCCUCAUCGACGCAGCGGAGAAAGCGUUGUCCAUCAUGGAGGAUCAUGAUGAUGAAACUUAUGCUUUGCUUGAAAAGUUGAGCAGACGCUGGAGAUUGGAGGAACAUGGUUUCCUUCCAGAGACGUUGAAGACUGCUUACCUCUAG